GGCCGAGAUCCAACGCUUCGAAUCCGUGCAUCCCAAUAUCUACGCCAUCUACGACCUGAUCGAGCGCAUCGAGGACUUGGCGCUGCAGAACCAGAUCCGGGAGCACGUCAUCUCCAUCGAGGGAAUGAAGAUCUCAUGAACUGAAUGCCUUUGGGGAGCCAUGGGACUGGAAGACGCAGACUUUUAGCUCAUGAGACUUAUGCUGGACCUUGGUUCAGUUUUGAAGGAGGAGAACACUUUUAAAGACAGAUGAAAUGCAGGAUAUGUGUCAAAAAGGCAAGGAGCCAUGAUGGAGCGUGCACGGUGGUGCAUUGCGAGUCUGGAAUCCCUGUCCGGGUCAAGGCAGCUGACUCCUUUGUAAACAGCCAGGAGUGGACCCUGAGCCGCUCGGUUCCGGAGCUUAAAGUGGGCAUUGUGGGGAACCUGUCUAGCGGGAAGUCGGCCCUGGUGCACCGCUAUCUGACAGGGACCUAUGUCCAAGAGGAGUCCCCUGAAGGGGGUCGGUUUAAGAAGGAGAUUGUGGUGGAUGGCCAGAGUUACCUGCUGCUGAUCCGAGAUGAAGGUGGCCCCCCUGAGCUCCAGUUUGCUGCCUGGGUGGAUGCGGUGGUGUUCGUGUUCAGCCUGGAGGAUGAAAUCAGCUUCCAGACGGUGUACAACUACUUCCUGCGGCUCUGCAGCUUCCGUAACGCCAGCGAGGUGCCCAUGGUGUUGGUGGGCACGCAGGACGCCAUCAGUGCCGCAAACCCGCGGGUCAUCGACGACAGCAGGGCCCGCAAGCUCUCCACAGACUUGAAGCGCUGCACCUAUUAUGAGACGUGCGCGACCUACGGGCUCAACGUGGAGCGCGUCUUCCAGGACGUGGCCCAGAAGGUAGUGGCCUUGCGGAAGAAGCAGCAGCUGGCCAUCGGGCCCUGCAAGUCACUGCCCAACUCCCCCAGCCACUCGGCAGUGUCCGCCGCUUCCAUCCCGGCCGUGCACAUCAACCAGGCCACGAAUGGCGGCAGCAGCGCCUUCAGUGACUACUCCUCCUCAGUCCCCUCCACCCCCAGCGUCAGCCAGCGGGAGCUGCGCAUCGAGACCGUGGCGGCCUCCUCCACCCCCACACCCGUCCGCAAGCAGUCCAAGCGGCGCUCCAACAUCUUCACGUCUCGAAAGGGUGCCGACUUGGACAGGGAGAAGAAGGCGGCCGACUGCAAGGUGGACAGCAUCGGGAGUGGCCGGGCCAUCCCCAUCAAACAGGGCGUCCUGCUGAAGCGGAGCGGCAAGUCCCUGAACAAGGAGUGGAAGAAGAAGUACGUGACGCUCUGCGACAACGGGCUGCUCACCUACCACCCCAGCCUGCACGAUUACAUGCAGAACAUCCACGGCAAGGAGAUUGACCUGCUGCGGACCACAGUUAAAGUGCCAGGAAAGCGCCUGCCCCGCGCCACGCCUGCCACAGCCCCAGGCACCAGCCCCCGGGCCAACGGACUGGCCUUGGAGCGGAGUAACACACAGCUGGGUGGAGGCACAGGUGCCCCCUACUUGGCCAGCAACCCAGCCUGGGCUGGCCCUCGCCCUGAGGGGCUGCACCAGCGCUCCUGCUCCGUGUCCAGCGCCGACCAGUGGAGUGAUGCCCUGCCCCCAGCCAGUGGCCCAGCUGAGGUGCUCAGUUCCAGCCCCAAGCUGGAGCCUCCCCCAUCUCCCCACUCCAUCCGGAAGAAGCACCGGCGGAAAAAGAGCACCGGGACCCCCCGACCAGACGGCCCCAGCAGUGCUGCUGAAGAGGCAGAGGAGUCGUUCGAGUUCGUGGUCGUGUCCCUCACUGGGCAGACGUGGCACUUCGAGGCCUCAACUGCAGAGGAGCGGGAGCUGUGGGUCCAGAGCGUGCAGGCCCAGAUCCUCGCCAGCCUGCAGGGCUGCCGCAGCGCCAAGGACAAGACUCGACUGGGGAACCAGAACGCAGCUCUGGCCGUGCAGGCCGUCCGCACCGUUCGCGGCAACAGCUUCUGUAUCGACUGCGAUGCCCCCAAUCCAGACUGGGCCAGCUUGAACCUGGGUGCCCUCAUGUGCAUUGAGUGCUCAGGGACCCACCGACAUCUGGGGGCUCACCUGUCCCGGGUCCGCUCCCUAGACCUCGAUGAUUGGCCACCUGAGCUGCUGGCUGUCAUGACCGCGAUGGGCAAUGCCCUGGCCAACAGCGUCUGGGAGGGGGCCCUGGAUGGCUAUGCCAAGCCCGGGCCUGAUGCCUGCAGAGAGGAGAAGGAGCGCUGGAUACGGGCCAAGUACGAACAGAAACUCUUCCUGGCCCCACUGCCGAGCUCGGACGUGCCGCUGGGCCAGCAGCUGCUCCGGGCCGUGGUGGAGGACGACCUGCGGCUGCUGGUGAUGCUUCUGGCACAUGGGUCCAAGGAGGAGGUGAACGAGACCUACGGGGAUGGGGACGGGCGGACGGCUCUCCAUCUCUCCAGCGCCAUGGCCAAUGUCGUCUUCACACAACUGCUCAUCUGGUAUGGGGUGGAUGUGAGGAGCCGGGACGCCCGGGGCCUGACUCCACUGGCCUACGCUCGUCGGGCCGGCAGCCAGGAGUGCGCAGACAUCUUGAUCCAGCACGGCUGCCCUGGAGAGGGCUGUGGCUUAGCACCUACCCCCAACAGAGAGCCUGCCAAUGGCACCAAUGCCUCUGCUGAGCUGCACCGAAGUCCUAGCCUUCUGUAAGGCCCACGAAGAGGGCAGAGGGUCCAGAAGGACUCCGUGGCCUGGGGCCCCUCCUCCCUACAGGCACUGGGGGAAGCCAGACACAGAGACUGAGAAGCAGGGACGUGCAAAAAGGAAGGAGAGGAAAUGAAGAGUCAAAUAAGAGAAGAGCUAAAUGGGAGAGACGGAGGGACCAGAGGAGACAUCUGGGAUUUGCAGCAGAGAGGGAGUGGAGCUAUUCUAGCCCUCUGCCCUGUGGUGCCACUGCAAAGGGACAGGACCCUUUGGAGGUACCUGUGAGGAGAGGGGAGCAGGACCUCUCCCUCCUCCAGUUUCCUACCUUCUACUGCCAGCCCCCUGCAAGCCUUCGUCCUACAAUGGAGCCUGGACAGAUAGGGCGCAGGCUGGGGGUGCUGGAGGAAAGAGACGAGGAGGUGAUCUGCGAGUCCUGUGUACAUUUGUACAUCGGAAUAUUUAUGUUUGUGUACAUAUCUGGUGUGUGUGUGAUGAGCCAGUAAACCAGACUGUGUGUGG